GAGAGAUACACAGCCACCACAGCAAAAGCAGAGCGCAUCGACUGUUGUGCACUUCUUCACCGCGCAACGAUUCGGAGUUAAACUCUAAUUUACAUCGUUGUUAUAUUGCUAUACUUCCGAUGGUAGCCUACUUUGUAACAACACAGUAAGGUUAUAAUCUCGGCUGUUCUUUUCUUGAACAUUUCUAUUAGUUUUGUCCGUUGUAGCCUAGUCGCCUAUUUAUCUAACGAACCGCAGAGUAGAGCGCAGGCAGGUGAAGAUGGCGAGGGGACUGGUGUUGGGGACUGUAUCCCCGGCGGCUGGCGGUCCUACACAAUUUGCGUUGCUGCUGUUAUACCCCCUAAUCUGCGGCCUCUCGGCGCAGGGCCAGGAACUGCCCACCAACGGGGUGAAUGGCUACAGCCUGCACCCACCUUAUUUUAACCUGGCAGAAGGGACCAAAAUCACAGCGACAGCGACCUGUGGAGAGGGGGACAAUGGAAGGUCGAUACACGAUUUGUAUUGCAAGCUGGUCGGGGGGCCAGUGUCAGGGGACCCGAGUCACCAGAGCCAAACCAUCCAGGGCCAGUACUGUGAUACGUGCGCCAUAGGGGACAGUGACAGAGCCCACCCCAUCACCAAUGCCAUCGACGGGACAGAGCGGUGGUGGCAGAGCCCUCCUCUCUCCCGCAGCACUGAGUUCAACCAGGUCAACGUCACCUUGGACCUGGGACAGCUCUUCCACGUGGCCUAUGUCCUCAUCAAGUUUGCCAACUCUCCUCGACCAGACCUGUGGGUGCUAGAACGUUCCACUGACUUCGGAGAGACCUACCAGCCGUGGCAGUUCUUCGCCUCUUCUAAGAGAGACUGCAUUGAGCGCUUCGGACAGCAAACCAUCGAACGGAUCAACUCCGACAACGACGUCAUCUGUACCACUGAAUACUCCCGCAUCGUACCCCUGGAGAAUGGAGAGGUGGUGGUGUCUCUAGUGAACGGGCGUCCCGGGGCUAUGAACUUCUCCUACUCUCCAGUCCUGAGGGAUUUCACCAAGGCCACCAACAUCCGUCUCCGUUUCCUCAGAACCAACACCCUCCUGGGACACCUGAUGGGCAAGGCCCUCCGCGACCCCACCGUCACACGCAGGUAUUACUACAGUAUCAAGGACAUCAGUAUCGGAGGACGCUGUGUGUGUAACGGCCACGCCGAAGCCUGCGAUCCACACGACCCCAACGACCCCUACAAGCUUCAGUGUGACUGCCAACACAACACUUGUGGAACGUCAUGUGACCAGUGUUGCCCCGGAUACAACCAGAUUCCAUGGAAACCAGCGACCACUUACCAGGCUAACGAGUGUGAACCGUGUAACUGUAACCAACACUCUUUUGGCUGUUACUACGACCCCGAGGUUGACCAGAGGAGAGCUAGCAUCAACGUCCAGGGACAGUACAGGGGGGGCGGAGUCUGCAUGGAGUGUCAGCAUCACACCACUGGUGUCAACUGUGAGCGCUGUGUCCUCACCUACUACAGAUCACCUGACCAUCCUCUGGACUCCCCAUUGGCUUGCUCCCCCUGUGUGUGCCGGUCAGAGUUCACAGAUGGUACCUGUGAGGAUCUGACGGGUCGUUGUUACUGUAAACCCAACUACACCGGAGCGAACUGUGACUCCUGUGCUGAGGGAUACAUUCACUUCCCAGGCUGCUACCCAAACGACCUCAACAACAACACCAACAGAGAGGUCAAACCUGCCGGAGAAAUCAUCAACUGUGAGUGCAGUGCUGCGGGUACGGAGGGAAACUCCUGCCGUCCUGAUCCACGUACCCGUACCUGUAUCUGCAAACCCGGUUUCAUUGGGGACCACUGUGACAGCUGUGCGCCAGGGCACUACGGACUCAACUGCCAGGCCUGUCAGUGUUUUGGUCCGGGAUGCCAUGAUGGUAGGUGUGACCUCCUGACGGGGCAGUGCCUGUGUCGACAAGGCUUUCAGGGUUAUUCAUGUGACCAGUGUACCCCAGGCUACUUCAACUACCCCCUCUGCCAACUGUGUGGCUGUAGCAGUGUGGGUUCUCUCCCAGGGGGUUGUGAUGUCUCUGGACGGUGUGUGUGUCGUCCAGAGUUCCAGGGACCGCGAUGUGAGCAGUGUAGAUCAGGCUUCCACUCCUACCCCAACUGCCAAGUGUGCACCUGUGAUCCUCGCACCUCCCUGGGCUCCGGCUGCAGUGUGUCGGGCCGCUGCCACUGCAGACCCAACUACAGCGGCGCCGCCUGUGACCAGUGUGCUCCUGGUUUCUACGGCUUCCCCGCCUGUGACCAGUGUGCUCCUGGUUUCUACGGCUUCCCCGGCUGCACGCCUUGUCAGUGCUCAGCUGAGGGCUCCAGGUUCAGAAGCUGUGACCAGGUGAGUGGUCAGUGUACCUGUCUACCCAACGUCGUGGGUCAGAGGUGUAACACCUGCUCUGGAACCUACGGAUUCCCUCUCUGCCAAGCUGGCACAUGCAACCCAGCCGGCUCUGUGCAGAACGAGGUCCUCCCAACUGUUGGUGCCUGUGAGUGUCGUCCUUACGUGGAGGGUGUGGCCUGUGACAGGUGUAAACCUCUGUUCUGGAACCUGUCACCUGACACCGUCUACAGAUGUUCCAACUGUGAAUGCAACGUUGAAGGGACUGUGGCUGCUGUAGCAGAGUGUGCUCAGAACAACGGCCAAUGUCACUGUAAACCCAACGUGUGCAGUGGCACCUGCUCAGUGUGUAAAGACGGAUACUUCAACCUGCAGAGUAGCAGCUUCUUCGGUUGUCAAGGCUGUCAGUGUGACAUUGGAGGAUCAGUGGGUCAGUCCUGUGGGGAGAGGACCGGGAGAUGUCGUUGCAGACCCAACGUGGAGGGAUCCAAGUGUAACAGGCCUCGACCAGACCACUACUUUCCAGACCUGCACCACCUGAAGUUUGAGAUAGAGGAGGGUACCAUGCUGGACGGGCGACCGGUGCGCUUCGGCUACAACCCCUUGGAGUUUGAAGGGUUCAGCUGGAGAGGGUACGCUCAGAUGUCCUCCAUUCAGUCCAAGGUGGUGGUUCAAGUCUCGGUCAGCUCUCCGGACCUGUUUCAGAUAGUCUUGCGCUACGUGAAUCGGGGUGGCCUGGACAUGAGGGGCAGGGUGUCCGUCCUGGAAGACGGGAAGAACUUCAUGUGCGGUAACUGCUCAGAACAGUCCAAACAGAUCGUGUUUGCCCCCAGCUCAGAACCUACCUUCGUCACCGUGCCCCAGAAUAACUUUGUGGAGCCGUUUGUUCUGAACCCUGGUACCUGGACCGUGGUCAUUGAGGCCGAGGGCAUACUGCUGGACUACCUGGUGCUCCUGCCCAGUGCGUUCUAUGAGGCCCCCGUGCUGCAGACCAAAGUGACUGAGCCGUGUUCCUACGCCCCGGCGCCAGGUGCCGGCCAUAACUGUCUGAUCUACAAGUAUCUGUCUCUGGAUGGGUUCCCCUCCAUCUCUGGUAACGAUGCCAGCUGCCGGUUCGACAACCACCUGCCCAGACCCUGUCACCAGGAGAGGAUCACCCCUCGCCACCCUGACAUGGCCGUCUGCAGCGGUAGCGAUCUGAAUGUCCAGAUGCGUAGCCCUGUGCCCCGUCCCGGGGACUAUGUUCUGGUGCUAGAAUACGCCAGUGAGGAGGAAGCACCACAGACCAUCUCUGUGUCCGUCAACACACCUGGCGGAAGGACACACCAGCACCACGUCACGGUGCUGCCCUGCAAAUACAGUUUCCUGUGUCGGGUGGUGACCAUCGAUGAGAUGAACCGUGUGGCUGUCUUCACCCUGUCCACUGAUGCUGAGGUCCAACUGAUUGCUGACAGAGCCAGUUUCUUCUUGCACAAAGUGUACCUGGUUCCCCGGGAGCAGUUUAUCAUGGACUACCUGGAGACUAAAGUCCACUGCAUCAGCACACAUGGACUGUUCUCACCUGACAGUUCGUCCUGUAUCCCGUCUAGGUUCCAGACCCCCUCUGAUUCGCUGGUGUUGAAGGAAGGUCAAGGGUCAUCUGUCCAGGAGCCUGUCCUGGCCUCCCCUGCUGACCCCCCUGUGGGUCCAGCUGACACCAUUCCCUGGGCCAGCGGAGACCGUCCUCCCACCACAGCGGAUAACGUGGACCAUGUCCACCUUGAUUCUGCUCAGAAUGCAGCAGUGUACUCUGGUCGUGUCCAAACUCUGGGCCGUUACGUGUUCAUCCUCCACUACCACCAGCCCCUCCACCCCACCUACCCUGUCCAGGUCUUCAUCAACGGUGGACGCAUCUGGCAAGGCCAUGCCAACGCCUCCUUCUGUCCCCAUGGUUACGGUUGCCGUAGCGUUCUGAUCUCGGAGAACCAGAUAAUUCUGGACGUGACGGACAACGAGAUCUUCCUGACCGUCCAGGUCCCUGACGGAAAAACACUCUGGCUGGACUAUGUUCUGGUGGUCCCAGAGAGCAGCUACAGCUCCAGUUAUCUGUCUGAACAACCUCUGGACAAAUCAUAUGACUUCAUCAGCAACUGUGGCCAGAACAGCUUCUAUAUCAAUCCUGCCACAGCCUCUCUAUUCUGUCGUGGUUCAGCCAUCUCUCUCUCUGCGUUCUUCAACAACGGUGCCUUGCCCUGCGGGUGCCAUGAGGUGGGCGCGGACAGCGAUACCUGCCAGCCCUUCGGCGGGCAGUGCCAGUGCAGACCGAACGUCAUCGGCAGAGACUGCUCACAGGACUGCUCACAGUGUGCCACGGGCUACUGGGGGUUCCCCAACUGUAGACCGUGUCAGUGUGGUACACGGCUGUGUGAGCUGACUGGAGACUGUAUCUGCCCACCGUGGACCCUGCUCCCAGAGUGUAUCCAGUGUGAGCCGCAGACGUGUGUGUCAUCCUCUGGUGGCUGUGAGGUCUGCAACUGUUCCUAUACUGGGGUCACCGCCCCCCCUACGUCUGCUGUGACUGUCGACAGUGGACAGUGCAGAUGCAAGAACAACAUCAUCGGUCGUCAGUGUGAUCGCUGCAGCCCUGGUUUCUACGGUUACCCCAACUGUAGACCAUGUGACUGCAACGAGGCGGGAACAGAGGAGGAGGUGUGUGACUCCUCCGUGGGGCGCUGCCUCUGCAAGGAAAAUGUCCAGGGUGGUCGUUGUGACCAGUGCAGAGUGGGAACCUUCCACCUUGACCCCACCAACCCUAAAGGCUGCACUUCCUGUUUCUGUUUCGGAGCCACCAACCGCUGUCGCAGCUCAGAGAAACGACGGACUGAGGUGAUGGAUAUGAUGGACUGGGUAUUGCUCGGAGCAGACAGACAGGAAGUCCCCGUGACUGUGUAUCCUGAUCAGGACUUGGUGGAGGCGGACCUUAGUGACGUACCUGAUGUCUACCAAGACCUCUUCUGGCACGCUCCUAGAACGUACCUGGGAGACAAGGUAUCGGCGUAUGGAGGGUAUCUGCGGUAUCGUCUCCACACUCAGACGAUGAGAGGAGAUGUUCUCUCUCUGCCCACUGAGGCCUCUCGACCUGACAUCAUUCUCAAGGGUAACCAGAUGACCCUGGUGUUCAUUGAGAGAGAAUAUUCUUCACCUGAACAACCACACCUGGGGAUAGUCCACAUGCUGGAAGGAAGUUUCCGCCACGCCCAGACGGGUAACGUGGUGUCUAGAGAGGAACUGAUGAUGGUUCUGGUGGGUUUAGAGUCUCUCCAGAUCAGAGCUCUCCACUCCCAGUCUGCCCACACUGUGUCGCUACGCGGGGCCGUGCUGGAGGGAGCGCAGACCCUGUCCACGGGGCAACAUGCCAACAACGUAGAGAUCUGUCUCUGUCCCGCUAACUACCAGGGAGACUCCUGUCAGCAAUGUUCUCCAGGGUACUACAGAGACACUAAAGGUCUGUUCCUGGGGAAGUGUGUUCCCUGCAACUGUAAUGGCCACUCUGACCAGUGUCUGGAUGGGUCUGGAGUCUGUGAGAACUGUCAACACAACAGGGCUGGAGACCACUGUGAAAAGUGUCAGGGUGGUUUCCUUGGUAACCACUCUCUGGAUGGACAAGCCCAGUCCUGUGACACCUGCCCCUGUCCUCUACAAGUGACCUCCAACAAUUUUGCAGUGGGCUGUGUAGAGAAACCCAACAGGAUGCUGUGUCUCUGUAUGCCUGGCUACGCUGGGCCCCAGUGUGCAAGGUGUGCUCCCGGUUUCUACGGCAACCCCAUGGUGAUUGGCAGCACGUGCCAGCCCUGCCGUUGCCAUGACAACACAGACCCCAACAUGCUGUUCAGCGACUGUGACGGGCUGACGGGCGAGUGUCACAGCUGCAUGCACAACACCGCCGGGACGCACUGCGAGAUCUGUGCCCCCGGUUUCCACGGUGACGCCGUCACUGCCAAGAACUGCACCAGAUGCAACUGCUCCCCAUGUGGCACGGCGUCAUGUGACCCUCACACAGGACAGUGCCAAUGUAAACCUGGUGUGACCGGUCCUCACUGCAACUGUUGUGAGGACGGUGCGUUUGGCUAUGAGUCGUGCUCCGGGUGUCGUCGGUGUGACUGUGACGCGGCCGCGGCGCUGGUCCAACCGUGUGACCCCAGGAACGGUUCGUGUGCCUGCCAGCCAGGGGUCAAUGGACCUAAUUGUCGCCAAUGUGCCCCUGGGUACUGGGACUACAGUCCUGAGGGCUGCAAGAAGUGUGAGUGUAAGCAUGGUCGCUGUGACCCUCGGACAGGGGAGUGUCGCUGUGGAGACGGCAUAACAGGCAAACAGUGUGACAGCUGUUCCCAUAGAUACAGUGUUCCUGUACAACACGGACAUGACAUGACCUGCCAACCUUGUGACAGCUGUGUAAUUGUCCUGUUGGAGGAUCUGGACAAAAUUAACGACAACUUUGGCUCCGUGGCUCAUCAGCUGAUCAACCUGAACGCCUCCUCUAUCACCUUGACUCAGCUAAACAACCUCAGCAGAUCCAUGGACAAUAUCUCUAAUGCCAUAGAGAACUACAACAGUACUCUGGAUGAGAACAGGAACAGAGUGGACAUGUUGGAGGGAGAGAUCAUGACCAUCAACUCAGACAUCCUCGGCCUGGAAGAUAAGGUGGUGGCGGUAGCAGAAGAAGCAGACAGUCUGGGCAAUAGCAGCAGCAACACCCAUCAGAGAGCCCAGGACCUGCUCUCACACAUGAAGAACAUAGUAGGAGAGGUGGAAGACCUCAUGCUGCAGGAGAAUCGUACGGGUCUGAAUGAGACGGAGGUGGAAGCGGACGACUUGCUUGAGAAGAUGAAGCAGGUGGAGGCCAUGCUGAGAGAGAUGAGACUCAAGAGCUGUGUCGGACAGAAGGAGAUAGCAGACGGAGAGCUGUCCGAGGCUAAGAAAUUGCUGGCGAAGGUGAAAGAUCAGCUGGUGAGUCGUGUGGUGGACAACGAGGGCUUGGUGAAGAACAUCAGGGAGCAUCUGGGGAAGUUCCAUGACCAACUGAUGGACCUGAGGGACGCUCUGAACCAGGCAGUUAACAACACGGCCCUCGCCUCCGAUACGAACGCUGUUAACGAGAAGAGGCUGGAGGACUGCCAGCAAAAGGUGGAUGAACUGAAUGAGAAGCACAAGGUAGUGGAGGAUCUCCUGCAGAUGGCAGAGGACGAUGUGGCAACCGUCAACGACAUGCUGUCUAUGCUGCACGACUCCAAGGAGGAGUAUGAGCGUCUGGCCGCCCAGUUGGAUGGGGCCAGGAUGCCCCUGGCUGAAAAGGUGCAGACAUUUGCCCCCACCCUCAGUAAGAUACCCCUGGUGGAGGCAGCGGAGGAACAUGCUGAACUACUCAAUGAGCUGGCCAUGAACCUCUCCAGUGUGAUCUCCAACACCAACAAGGACGGCUUCAUCCAGCGAGCGGUGAACGCGUCCCGGGCGUACUCUGACAUCAUCGACGCCGUCAGAGACGCUGAGACUGCUGCCAACCAAGCUGCUGUGGAUGCACUGGAGAAUGUGAAGGGUCAGGACCUGGGCCAGGUAGCUGACGGUCUGAGGAAUCACAGUUCUGAACUGCUGGAGGACGCCGGCACACUGCAACAGGAACUGAAUGAUGAUCUGAAGCCUCGUCUCCGGGACGCCAUGACUCAUCUGGAUGAGGCCAAGCAGAAACACACGACUCUACUGAAAGACCUUGAGAUGGUGCAGAGUAACCUCAACUUCAGCCGAGGUUAUAGAGGACCGAAGGCUGCAGCCGAGGAGGCCAACAGUACAGCAGCGAAGGUAGAGGAUACCCUGGCACCUAUCAAGAGCAGAGGACAUAAACAAGGCCUUCCUGAGGCCAACAAGUCUGUGGGUAUGUUGGGCGAGGCCAUCCCAAUACUGAUGAAGAAGCUGGACAAGCUGCAGAACCACUCAGCCCAGAUGCCCAACAUCUCAGAGAACAUCCUCAGGAUCAGACAGCUCAUCGCAGAGGCCCGCAAGGCCGCCAGCAAGGUGAGCGUACCUGUGAAGUUCAACGGGACAUCAGGUGUGCAGGUGCGCACCCCCAGUAACCUGGCAGACCUGGCAGCUUACACCUCCCUCAAGUUCUACAUCACCCUGCCCGAGGCCUCACGCGCCCGCAGACAGGACCAACCAGACAAACAGUUUGUCUUUUACCUCGGAAACAAGGACUCCAGUAAAGAAUUCCUGGGCAUGAUGCUGGAGGGACGGAGACUGCACUGGCUGUUCAACGUGGGCGGAGACACGGCUGAGGUGGAGAUGCAGGAGGAUGUCCAAACAGAUGGCGACUUCAACAACGUGGUCCUGGAAAGGAUCCUUCAGUACGGCCAGAUGGCCAUGUCUUCAGAGCUCAGUGAGGCCAGGAUGACCAAGGCUGUGGUGGAGGCAGGAGGGGAUAGUGGACUGCUCAACCUCCAGACUGAAGAGACUGUGUUCUACGUGGGAGGAUACCCUGACACGUUCACGCCCCCGCUCCAGCUCCAGCUGCCCAAUCUCAAGGGCUGUAUUGAGCUGGAGACCCUGAAUGAGGAGGUGCUCAGUCUCUAUAACUUUGAGAACAUCUUCCAACUCAACACCACCGAGGAGAAACCAUGUGGAAGAGCGAAGCCGGUGUUGACCCAGCAGUGGGUGAACGACGCGGCCUACUUUGACGGGACGGGUUACGCCGAGGUCACCUUCAAGGAGGAUGCAGGGAAGAUGCAGCGCUUUGAACAGGAAGUUAAACUGAUAAGUCACAACGGCAUCCUGCUCAUGCUCCUCAGCCAGGAGAAGUUCCUGAGCUUGGUGGUGCGUCAGGGACGUCUCAGGGUCUUCUAUGACGUCACUGGUUCUCUACAGGAGCUGGAGCCUAAAGAUCCAGACUCACCUUACCUCAAGAUCAGCGACGCUGACCCCAAAUCUUUGGAGAUCAUUAUCCUCCUCUACGAUACGACCACACGCGUUGUGGUGAGGAACAACCGCCAAACCCUGUUCAUCUACGUCUUCACCACGCCCUUGCCGCGCUUCGAAGGCAGCUACUACCUGGCUGGUGUACCAGAGGACAAGAUGCCUGAGAACCUGAAGGCCCUGUUUCCUCGCCAGGGAUCUCUUAAAGGCUGUUUCAGGAACAUCAAGGCCAUGAACUCUCACAUCGACCUGAAGAGAAUGAGCAGCUCUGGGGUCAGCUACGGCUGUGCCAACGACUUACUGGUGGCCCGUGAGGCCCACUUCUCAGGCCAGAGUUACCUGGACCUGUCUCCAGACAACAUCCCUGGUCUCAGGAACAACUUCUACGCCGGUUUCGGCUUCCGCACAGACCAGAAGAACGGACUCAUGUUCUACCACCAGGCUCAGGACGGUGUGUGUGAGGUAUUCCUGGAUAAGGGUCAUGUGAUAGUGAGGGCGGCUGACAGCGAGGUGAAGACUCAGCAGACUUACAACGACGACAACGAUCAUUAUUUAACUCUGUACAGCAACAACAAUGGGUUACGUCUUUAUGUGGAUGACGUCCUGGAGAAGGCUGGGGAUACUGGUCGUGGAGGGGCCAGCAGCCAGGCGCUACUACUACCUGGAGGGGUCUACCUGGGAGGAACACCUGACAACAGCCUCAGCAACCUUACCGGCUGUCUUAGCAACCUGUUCAUCAAGAGAGACAAGCCUUCUCAGAUGGUGAUGAACCUGAUGAAUGCUAAGGAGAACAUCGACGUUCCUCUAGACUGUCCUGCUGCCAAGAAACCUCAGCAGAUCCUGGCCACACUCCCACGCCAGAAGAGGCCUAAGGGUAAACACAGGAAGCCGGUGGGUGGUGGUGGGUCAGGGGGGCGGAGCCGCAGUGCCAGGGAGUCCUGCCAGGGGGAGCUGGCGAAUCAGGAAGUCGGAGCUCUGCACUUCAGUGGCUCCUCCCACAGCCACCAGCGCUACGACACGCUGCCCCAGGCCUUCAGCAGGACGCCUCACAUCUCAAUGGGUCUGCGUGUGAACUCGUCAGACGGCCUGGUGUUCUAUGUGUCAGGAUCACCAGACCGUUCUAGUAGCAGCUCUGUGAUGACCCUCUCUGUCUCAGACGGUCACCUGUUGCUCCUCCUCAUCAACGGAGGGAAGAGGAAGACCACCAUCCGCAGCCACAGGAAGUGCAACGACGGACAGUGGCACACGGUGUUUGUGAAGAGGGAGGGAGAGAAGGCCAGUUUGAUUGUUGAUGGGAUUGAUGCCCAGUCUAAGAGGGUCUCAGGGGGGGAGAAGAAUCAGCUCAGUCCCCCUCUCUACAUCGGAGGAGUUCCCUCAGGACUCACCAGCUCACUUCUCUCGAUGCCAGGUUCAGGAGGGUUUGUGGGCUGUGUGAGGGACCUGGAGCUGAAUGAGGAGAGCCCAGCCAGUCCCUCCACCAGCCUGGGGGUUAUACCCUGCUUCCAGACCGCUCUGCAGCCUGGGGUAUACUUCUCUUCCCAGGGAGGACUCAUGGCUAUAGAUGAGUCCCUGAUGUUGGGCCGGGACCUGGAGGUCCAGCUGGAGGUCAGGCCGGUGUCAGACUCUGGUCUCCUGCUGCAUGCUGGUUCCAGGGCUGGACAACAGCUCAGCCUCUACCUCUAUCAGGGAGCCGUAACUGUCACAGUAGACAAUGGCAGCGGAGAGUUCUAUACCUCCUUCACACCAGAGGAAUCUUUGUGUGACGGACGCUGGCACAGUAUCAAAAUUGUGAAGAAGAGCAACGUGCUCCAGCUCCAUGUGGAUGCAGCCAGCGAACACAGUGUGGGGCCCAAACAAGGCCGACCAUCAGGGGCCAAGGAGGCUGUGUACCUGGGGGGAGCACCAGAUGGUGUUGAUGUGCCGGGCCUCCCUGAUGCCCUGCCCUCCUUCCAUGGUUGUGUUCGGAGAGCAGUCCUGAACCAGCGACCAGCCGUGCUGUCUAAACCCCUGUCAGUACACGGAGCUGUGGGCACACAGGGCUGUCCAGCCAUGUAGACCCCUUUUAGCCCUGUUACAGCCAGCUAGCUCUGGGUCAUGUUCAUAAGGACAUUACAGAAAAUUCUGAUAGAAAUACCUAUGUAGAACCAAUAUGAUUCUCUGUCAUGUAUACUGUCUUCAUGUCUAAUAUAUCUACAGCUGUACAUAUCAGUCUAACAUAUCUGCAGCUGUACAGUCGUGGCCAAAAGUUGAGAAUUACACAAAUAUUAAUUUUCACAAAGUCUGCUGCCUCAGUUUCGAUGAUGGUAAUUUGCAUAUACUCCAGAAUGCUAUGAAGAGUGAUCAGAUGAAUUGCAAUGAAUUGCAAAGUCCCUCUUUUCCAUGCAAAUGAACUGAAUCCUCACUGCAUUUCAGCCCUGCCACAAAAGGACCAGCUGAUAUGUCAGUGUUUCUCUCGUUAACACAUGUGUGAGUGUUGAUGAGGACAAGGCUGGAGAUCACUCUGUCAUGCUGAUUGAGUUCGAAUAACAGACUGGAAGCUUCAAAUGGAGGGUGGUGCUUGGAAUCAUUGUUCUUCCUCUGUCAACCAUGGUUACCUGCAAGGAAACACAUGCUGUCAUCAUUGCUUUGCACAAAAAGGGCUUCCCAGGCAAGGAUAUUGCUGCCAGUAAGAUUGCACCUAAAUCAACCAUUUAUCGUAUCAAGAACUUCAAGGAGAGUGGUUCAAUUGUUGUGAAGGCGGCUUCAGGGCACCCAAGAAAGUCCAGCAAUCGCCAGGACUGUCUCCUAAAGUUGAUUCAGCUGCAGGAUCGGGGCACCACCAGUACAGAGCUUGCUCAGGAAUGGCAGCAGGCAGGUGUGAGUGCAUCUGCACGCACAGUGAGACAAAGACUUUGGGAUGGAUGGCCUGGUGUCAAGGCCAUCAAAGAAGCCACUUCUCUCCAGGAAAAACAUCAGGGACAGACUGAUAUUCUGCUAAAGGUACAGGGAUUGGACUGCUGAGGACUGGGGUAAAGUCAUUUUCUCAGAUUGAAUCCCUUUUCCGAUUGUUUGGGGCAUCCGGAAAAAUUAUUGUCCGGAGAAGACAAGGUGAGCGCUACCAUCAGUCCUGUGUAAUGCCAACAGUAAAGCACACUGAGACCAUUCAUGUGUGGGGUUGCUUCUCAGCCAAGGGAGUGGGCUCACUCACAAUUUUGCCUAAGAACACAGCCAUGAAUAAAGAAUGGUACCAACCCAUCCUCCGAGAGCAACUUCUCCCAACCAUCUAGGAACAGUUUGGUGAAGAACAAUGCCUUUUCCAGCAUGAUGGAGCACCUUGCCAUAAGGCAAAAGUGAUAACUAAGUGGCUCGGGGAACAAAACAUUGAUAUUUUGGGUCCAUGGACAGGAAACUCCCCAGACCUUAAUCCCAUUAAGAACUUGUGGUCACCUCAAGAGGCAGGUGGACAAACAAAAACUCACAAAUUCUGACAAACUCCAAGCAUUGAUUAUGCAAAAAUGGGCUGCCAUCAGUCAGGAUGUGGCCCAGAAGUUAAUUGACAGCAUGCCAGGGCGGAUUGCAGAGGUCUUGAAAAAGAGGGUCAACACUACAAAUAUUGACUCUUUGCAUCAACUUCAUGUAAUUGUCAAUAAAAAUCCUUUGACACUUAUGAAAUGCUUGUAAUUAUACUUCAGUAUUCCAUAGUAACAUCUGACAAAAAAUAUCUAAAGACACUGAAGCAGCAAACUUUGUGGAAAUUAAUAUUUGUGUCAUUCUCAAAACUUUUGACCACAACUGUAUAAUAGACCAGUUCUCUUUUUAAUUUUUUAUUAAUUGUUUCACCUCUCUGAAGUAUCACCCCUGGGGGCAAGUUCAGUAGGACAAUGUUGUGGAGCUUUGCAGACAGAAAUGUUAUGAAUAGAGCUGGCGUGAUACUGUAUUCUACACAUCAGAGAGGCAUGUCGGUUCUAGAAAUUGUAUUUCUAUCUGAACAUUCCAACCACUUUGUUAGCCUGUUUGAACGCAGCCCUGCUCCGAUGCAGGGGCAUAUAUGGUACUACUCGUCACCAUAUAAAACACGUACAUGAUGUCUACCAUACAAAUCACUGGUGGUGGGUGACGUACAUUAGUUAAUUUAAAUGUAUUUAUUUUUCCACGUCUUGAUUUCCAGUUUGCAAUUAACUAAGUGCUAGCGCUUGAGUAAAGUCCAGUCCUUCGUGUCAUACAAGGAGUGGAAUGAUAGCAGAAACAGACUGGUACCUGGGCUAGAGAAUAAGAUAGCUAAGUAUGUUGUCUUUAGUGUGUUAGUACUGUAACUUUAAUAGUAAUCUACAUCUCUCUGGGCUGCUUUCACAGACCUACAUUUUAAAUGGAUCGAUUCAAUCCGUAGCUCUGAAGAUCCGCUCUCCAGUGUGAUAUCAAUUUAAAGGCAAUCUUCCUGCGUUCACAGUAAAUGCUGCAUUGUUUCGGCUCAAUCGGAAAUAACGCUUGAAUUUCAAAUCGCGCUAUAACUUCCGUGAUCCGGGUUGAAUCGAGCCCUAAACUUACCUUGACCAAACUGCACUUACUUUAUACAGACCACUGAAAAAUCGUGUCGUUGUUUGGCCAUGGAUAGAAUCCACUUCGACUAACUAGUUCUGGAAAGUGCUUAAAAUAUAUAUAUAUAUAUAUAUAUAUAUAUAUACACACAUAAAUAAAGAAUCCCUUUAGUAGAAAAUUGUGGUUGUGAUCAUUGUGGUUCUGCUUUACUUACAUUGACUCGAUUUGACCAUAGCUCAAAAAAAAUAAAAUGCUUUCAUGUUGAGAAUAUUAAUGUAGGUCUAUGAAACCGGCCCUCAGUAAUACUGUGGUACAUCCCUUCAACGUGGAAUAUGGGGGGGGUUCAUUGUUGGCAGUAACUUGAACUUCGGUUAUAUCCAAAACAAACAUGUUAAUUUCACCAUUAAGGAGUCCAGCUUUAAAUACUAUAAUCAGUGUUAUCGUUGAUCCACAUGUACUGUAUUCUAUAGAAUAAAUGCACAUUUUAUAUAGUUGGUAUAAUGGGGGGGAGGGGGUGUAUGGAUUAUAUCACAAGAGUUUAAAACUUUUACUGUUUAUAUGUUAUUAUAAACUGGGUGGUUCGAGCCCUGAAUGCUGAUAGUACAAAUUGUCAUACGUUGGUAACCAGUUUAUAACAGCAAUAAGGCACCUCGGGAGUUUGUGGUAUACGACCAAUAUACCACGGGCUAAGAGCUGUAUCCAGGCACUCCUCGUUGCGUCGUGUCUAAGAACAGCCCUUUACCCGGGGUAUAUUGGCCAUAUACCACAAACUCCCCGAGGUGCCUUAUUGGUUAAAUAUCUCACUCAGAUAACGUAAGGCGAUUCCCCCUCAGAAGAAUAGCUAUUUUAAAUACAUUUUUUAAAUAAAGUCUUACUUGAUACAAAAA